CACUUUUGAAUUUGCGUCGAGCGUCCAACACAACCUCUAUGGAAUCUCCUCGCAAAGCCGCCACCGACGUUGGUGGCUACCAUGAAGCGUCCACCCCGUACGACCCUCUAGCCAAGAAAGAAGAGGACAUCGUGGGGGGCGAAGACGAUUCGGCCAUCAAAGCCAGCGACUUCCUCGCGAUCACACAAGGCCUCGAGUACCCCCAAGUGACGGUCAAGUCAUUGGUCGUUGGCACUAUCAUCGGCUCCUUCCUCAGCGUUCUGGGCAUGUACUAUGGCCUCAAAGUCGGUGUCGUUCCUUCCCUCAACGUGUUGGCUGGGGUUGGGGGCUUCAUGCUCACCAACUGGUUGCUCAAAAUCAAGCUCUUUCACGGGUACUUCUCCGUGCAAGAAAACGUAGUCAUUCAAACGUGCGCCGUCGCGUGUUAUUCGCUGGCGAGUCAGGGUGGGUUCGCCUCUGGCGUGCUCGCGCUCACCCAAAACGUGUACGAAGACGUGGGCGAGAAGAAGGGCAACAACGCGUCGGAUGUGGUCGACGUGACCUGGACCAAGGCGUUUGGGUGGUGCAUCUCGAUUGCCUUGUUUGGGUUUUUCAUUUCGUUUCCCUUGCGUCGGAAAAUGAUCAUCGAAAGCCGGCUGUUGUUUCCCAGUGGAACCGCCACCGCCGUGAUGAUUCAAACGUUGCACUCAUCCAAAGACGCCGUCGAGUAUCAAUGGAACGUCCUGUUCAAGAGCGGCAUCGUGUCGUACUGCUGGUCCAUCUUUGUCUACUGCUUUGAAGGGCUCGGCAGCUUCCCCAUCUUUGGACUCGAGCCGGCCAAGUACGGCUGGAUGUGUGACUGGGCCCCAGGAACGUUUGCCAUUGCAGUCAUGUUGCCAUUCCGGGUCAUGUCGUCCAUCUUUGUGGGCUGUGUGAUCUCGUUCGCUAUCAUGACGCCAUACCUUGCCGCGUACAAGGGCAACGGAGACUGGUUUACCUCGACCAAGGUGGACGGGCUCAAGGCAUACUACACGUUCACGGCGGUGGCCAUCAUCUGCGUAGAUGCGCUCUACAGCAUCGUCAAGGUCGUGAUAAUGCUGUACAAGGCGUGGCGCGACAGCCGCAACGCCCCAUCUGCCGCCAUCGACGACGCGGGCGACGUCAAGUCCGUCGAUGUCCAGCGUCAAGCGUUCCUCGACAAGCUCUUCGACGCCACCCACGUGCCAGCGACGAUCUGGGUCUCGGGCCUCGUGCUGUUUGCCGCCGUCUCAGUCGUGGUCAUCUCGCUGAUCUUCCCGUCCGUCGAGUGGUGGAAGGUGCUUGUGUGCUGCCUGCUCAUCCCCGUGUUUGCGAUCGGGAUCAUUCAAGGCGUGGGGAUGACAGACUGGAACAUCUCGAGCGCCGUGGGCAAGUUGAUCAUUUUCAUCAUCGGCGGAUGGUCCCAGGACGGAUCGAUCAUUGCCGGCUUGCUCAUGUGCCAGAUGGUCAUCGUCGGGUGCAGCCAAGCCGCGGACCUCAUGCAAGAUUUCAAGACGGGGUACCUCGUCGGCGCCUCGGCCAAGUCGAUGAUCAUCGCGCAAAUCUUUGGGGCGGUCAUGUCGUGCUUGAUUGUCCCGUCCGUGUGGGUCAUGAUGACGUCGGCGUACACGAUCCCCGGUGACGUGAUCGCGGCGCCGUUCGGGGAAGUGUACCGCAUCCUGGGUAUCACUGCCAUUCAAGGCCUCGACGGGUUGCCCAAGCACUGCGGCCUCUUCAUGCUCAUCGGGGCCAUCUACACGGUCGUGUUCAAUAUCUUCAUCGACGUGUGCUCGGAAUCCAAGAUCAAGAUCGUCAGGCUAGUGGCCAACCACUGCCCCGUCCCCAUGGCCGUGGCGAUUGGCAUGAUCAUCCCGGCGUCGUUUGGGCUGCAAGGGAUUGUCGUCGCGAGCAUCUGCGCCUACUGGAACCACGUGAACCCAGCCCAGUUCCACAAGACCCAGUACAUUUUGGCGGCGGGGUUGAUGGUCGGCGACGGGUUUUCCAUCUUGACCCAGAUUGUCAUCACGUUGGCCGGUGGCUCUGCCCCCAUGCACAUUACGUACGCCGUGGGCCCAUCGCACUAAACAGGCUUGUUGUCUCGUAAUAAAUGUAUUCUAUUCGGUUUGCA